AUGGCAUCGUGGUUAGAAUCUUUGUUCUCUCCAGUUAAGUGUUGGGUUAAUUCUUCUCAACGACUCCAAAACUACGGAUAUAUUUUGAGCAAUUAUAUGAAGGGUAUUGAAGCUGAUGAAAAAGAAACAAAAGACUCAUUGCUGGAGGAAUUUAGAACUGAAUUAUUAAGAAAUCCUGAAGAAAUUGAGAAGAUCAUCGGGUACAAUUUCAAUAAUCGUUGCUUAUUGCUUCAAGCCUUUACACAUGUAUCAUAUCACCAGGGUUGCAUGUCAUAUGAACGGCUUGAGUAUGUAGGUGAUUCAGUACUUAAUCUUUUAAUCACAAAAGAGCAGUUUUCCAUGUAUCCAAAUCUUCCGCCAGGGCUGUUGACACCUCUUCGUGCAGCAAAUGUUGACACAGAAAAACUUGCGCGUGCAGCUGUCCAGCAUAACUUUCAUAAAUACAUUCGUCAUGGGCAGCCUGUCCUUAGGAAACGAAUUCAGACAUUUAUAGAUGUUCUUCCUAAACAUCCAUUGCAUUCUCAUGGUUUGAUCAAUGCUCCAAAGGUGCUUGCUGAUGUUGUUGAAUCCACUUUAGGAGCUGUGUUCAUUGACAGCAAUUGCUCAAUUGAUACGACAGGGAAGGUAGCUAAUGUUCUACUGAAGCCCAUAAUCACUCCCGAUAUGCUACAAGCACAUCCUGUGAAGAAGCUGUAUGAGAUAUGUCAGAAGAACAAGCUACGUGUUCGACUAGUGGAUCUGUGGAGGCGAGAAGGAACUUACGAAGUUUUCAUCAAUAAUCAACUUAGGGGUACAGGUAAGUGCCGUGAAAAAAAGGAAAUAGCGUUAAACCGAGCAGCUAAUAAUGCUUAUAAUGAACUUGUAAGAACCAUAGGUCUAAAAGAAAUCACUGCUAGUGAAUAA